AUGGCUUCUUUCUAUGCCUUCUUUUUUAUUCCGCCUCUAUUAGGAGCAAGUAUUCAGGGUCCUCUUAUUCCUCCAGAUGAGGAUCUGAGCAGCUACCGGCAGCACCAUUUGGACCGACUUCUCACAGCCCGACAUCGAAUCGAGGCAGGCCAGCUAACUGCUUUGCCUUCGCUGUCUUCAUAUCAUCUUGCCAAAGAUUCGACCAUGCAUGUAUCUCCUGAGGCAGAUUGUCAUGCGUACUCACGUCCUAUUAUACGGUCUGAUGCUCAAGCCCCCGUACUGCCAGAUGCUUCUUGUAGGAUGUCCUUCUCCGGUGUUAAUAAGCCGGCGGGGUCGAGCAAUAAACGAGCGCUAGCUUGUCACGAAUACCCUGUGUCGUUUAGGCCCCCUUCCAAAGUCCUUUAUUCUAGCCCAGAUGACCCUCUCCGUUUGACACCCUCUUCCUCAGCAUCUAAGACUAUCAAUGACCCAUCAUCUCUAUUUGAUAGCCAACCUUUCAGCUUCGGCCCUAAUAUUGGUGGACAUCAAGGAUUGAGUAAGUUCUUUCUUUCCUUUUUACCUACAGCACUGACUCUAUUAUUCUUAGAUAUAAUACGUUAG